CAGUGGGAUGAUGGCUGUGUCACUGUUGCAUUGUAUUUUUUUCACACAAUAAUAUGGCUACAUAGCCUACUCUACAUUAGCAUGCAGUUUGUCAGAAUGACAAUCGUUUCUCCAGGUUCAGUGGUCUUAUCAAACUUGUCUUUGAAUGAGCAAUAUAUAUGAUUUUUAAUUUCGAAGUUGACCACCAACCAUUCUGUAGCAGGUAAUCAGUGAGAAUUGGUGACAGUGGCCACCGUGCUCGACAUCUCUCCACUAUCGGUUUAUGGAAAGUGGUGUUUGAGGCGGAUGAGAAAAUGGCGGCUUCCUGGGCGGCAUGAGAACAUGUAGCUUUUUCUCAUUUUUAUUUAGAAUUAUCCCGGGUUCAAAUAAUUAAAUUGAGUCCCGCUCUCGAGACUUCUGAUUAAAGUUACAACUUACGAAGAAACUGAAUCUACCGGCACCAUGGCAUCUGGGACCUCUGGCUCAGUUCUGCAGCCCCGGUGGAAGCGGGUGUUGGGUUGGUCCGGCCCUGUCCCUCGGCCCCGACACGGACAUCGUGCAGUUGCAAUCAAAGAAUUGAUGGUCGUUUUCGGGGGAGGAAAUGAAGGAAUUGUGGAUGAACUGCACGUGUAUAACACAGCAACCAAUCAGUGGUUCAUUCCUGCUGUCCGUGGCGACAUCCCGCCUGGCUGUGCUGCGUAUGGGUUCGUGUGCGACGGUACCAGGCUGCUGGUGUUCGGAGGGAUGGUGGAAUAUGGCAAAUACAGCAACGAUCUGUAUGAACUGCAGGCCAGUCGCUGGGAGUGGAAGCGUCUGAAACCCAAGUCUCCUAAGAACGGCCCUCCUCCCUGUCCCCGCUUGGGACACAGCUUCUCCCUGGUAGGGAACAAAUGCUUCCUGUUCGGAGGACUGGCUAACGAUAGUGAGGACCCCAAGAACAACAUCCCCAGAUACCUGAAUGAUCUGUAUACGUUGGAGCUGCGUGCCGGCUCCAGUGUAGUAGGCUGGGACAUCCCCAUCACCUACGGGGUGUUGCCCCCGCCCAGAGAGAGCCACACUGCCGUGGUCUACACAGAGAAGACCUCUAGCAAGUCCCGUCUGGUCAUCUAUGGGGGUAUGAGCGGCUGUCGACUGGGGGAUUUGUGGACCCUAGAUAUAGACACCCUGACAUGGAAUAAACCGUCGAUUAACGGGACAGCUCCUCUUCCCCGCAGUCUCCACUCUGCCACAACCAUCACCAACAAGAUGUACGUUUUCGGAGGCUGGGUUCCCCUGGUGAUGGAUGACGUCAAAGUAGCGACACACGAGAAGGAGUGGAAGUGCACCAACACACUGGCCUGUCUCAACCUAGACUCGAUGGCGUGGGAGUCGGUGCUGAUGGARUCUCUAGAGGAUAARAUCCCKAGGGCCCGGGCUGGACACUGCUCCGUYGCCAUCAACUCACGCCUCUACGUCUGGAGCGGCCGGGACGGAUACCGCAAGGCCUGGAACAACCAGGUGUGCUGUAAGGACCUCUGGUACCUGGAGACAGAGAAGCCCCGCCCCCCGUCACGGGUGCAGCUGGUGAGAGCCAAUACCAGUAGCCUGGAGGUGAGCUGGGGGGCGGUACCUACCGCAGACACCUACCUGUUGCAGCUGCAGAAGUACGAUAUCCCSCCCGCCUCAGCCACCACCACACCCGGUGUCAGCCCRGCGACGGCACUACCGGUCAACUCCCCCAAGAGCCCUGUCACAGCCUCCGCAGCGUCRGCACAGGGCCUGCCUCUCCAGGGCCUAACGCUGGUCCCCUCCCCCACCACCACCAUGCCUGGGAGUCCACUGGCUGCRGCGAAUGCACGCGGGCCAGCUAUCCUGAAGGUCUCUGCUCCACACACAACCACAGGCACCUCCAUCGUCACGGUGAGACAGGCCAACCAGGGCGGGAAAUCUCCCGUAACGGUGACAUCACUUCCUGCCGGGGUCCGCAUGGUGGUGCCGGCCCAGGGUGUACAGGGAACGGUAAAGGACUUACUGUGGUCUAUGUACCAAAUGCUACCCUAUUUCCUAUAGAGUACACUACUUUUGACUAGGGCACAUAGUUUAUAGUGUGAAUUCCCCUAUCACCCUCAUGCACUUAAGGAAA